GGGGAUGUCUCGGAGACCCCGCGCUGACUGCUGCUCAAACAUCACGUUGACAUGGAUGAUGAAGAUGGCCGGUGCUUGUUAGAUGUAAUUUGUGAUCCUCAGGCUUUGAAUGAUUUUUUACAUGGAUCUGAAAAGAUUGACAGUGAUGAUCUCCUGGACAACACAGGAGAUGCAGCCAGUGCCUUCUUUGAGGGUACUGGGCUGCAUGUACAAGAAUCCUCUGGCAACCAUCUGAACACUGAACAGAAUCAGAACACAACAAGCGUUGACCUAGACUUUUUAGAAGAUGACAUCCUGGGGUCACCAUCUGGUGGUGGGGCGAAUCUUCAGAACUCAGACCAGCCCUGUGACAUUCUCCAGCAGAGCCUGCAAGAGGCUAACAUUACAGAACAGACGCUGGAGGCAGAGGCAGAACUGGACCUGGGGUCUUUCCAGCUCCCUACACUUCAGCCAGUGGUUCAGACUGCCUCUGACGGCACGCCGCAGAUUUUCUCCAGUGGGGCUGACCUAAUUGGGUUGCAGCAGCCUGCAGUCCUGACACAUCAAGCACUGGUGCAGCAGUCAGUGGGAGCAGACGUUGUUAAUAAGGCCAUCAGUGUUCAGCCUUUUCUUCAGCAGGUUGGCUUGGGGAAUGUUACCAUACAGCCAAUUUCCAACCUUCAGGGCUUGCCUAAUGGAAGCCCAAGUGGGACAUUGGGAAUUGGGCCGAUUCAAGUAGUUGGGCAACAGGUGAUGGCUAUUAACCAGUCAGCUCAGCAGAUCAUUGCAAAACAAGUUCAGCCCUCCCAAGUGGCCACCAUGCCUGUUGGCAGUUACAUCACCCAGUCAGCACCUGAGCAACAGCAGGUCACCCUCGCUUCUACGGGGGUGUCUCCACAGAACGCUGGCCUUGUCAUCCAGAAAAACCUGCCCUCCGUGGCCACUACCACGCUGAAUGGAAACUCCAUGUUUGGGAACGUAUCUGCCACCCCAGGCUCCCAACCUCUCACAGUCACAUCGAACUUAAGCAGCCCAUUGGUGCAGGCCCAGAACGUGAUUAUCCACCGAACACCCACGCCAAUUCAGCCCAAACCUGCAGGGGUCCUGCAACAAAAGCUGUACCAGAUCACCCCCAAGCCAUUUGGUCCCAAUAAUACCACCCUGACCAUCCAGAACGAGGCUGCCCUGCAACAGCAGAAGGCCCAACAGAACCUGACUUUUAUGGCGGGCAAACCAGGACAGAAUGUGGUGCUGUCUGGAUUCCCGCAAGGGCUGCCUGCCAACAUGUUCAAACAACCUCCACCGCAGCAGCAAGCCCUCAGCAAGCCCAUGAGCGUCCACUUGCUAAACCAAGGCAGCAGUAUUGUCAUCCCCGCGCAGCAUGUUCCUCAGGCCAUGUUACAGGGUCAGAACCAGUUCCUUCUUCCUGGGCAGUUAGCAGGUGCCUCUGCUGUUCAGAUACCCCAGCAGCUCUCAGCCUUGCAGGCUAACAUGGGAGGACAGAUCCUAACAACUUCACACCCCAGUGGCCAAGCCCACAUCAUAACUAGCCAAGGGCCUGGUGGACAGCUGAUAACCAAUCAGGCCUUGCCUGCCCAAAUCCUCACCAAUCAGAACAUAGCUAGCCAGCUGAAUCUGGGGCAGGUGCUUACAUCGCAGAAUGCGCAUGGCACUGCUCACAUUCUUUCUGCACCUAUUCAGCUGCAGCCUGGUCAGGUGGGUCAGCCAACUUUGUUCCAGAUGCCUGUCUCUCUAGCUGGCAGCUUGACCACUCAGAGUCAGCCCUCUGUUGCAGCCUCAUUGGCCAGUGGUGCCAUCAGUCAGACUGGGCAGACCGUUAUCCAAGGUGUCACUCUGCCUAAUCAAGUUGCUAUGCUAAAUUCCACUGAGAACCUCAACCAAGCUGUGAGCAUUCAGGCAUCUGCCACCACCAGCAGUCAGAGUCCCGGCCUCAUUCAGCCACAGCCCGCUUCUGGCACUAGCCUGCUGCCAAGCAGUGACCAGUCCUCUAUACUGACCGUCCAGACUGCAUCCCAGCCUCCAGCUCCAUCUCCGCUUCAGUUGAAUGUGCAGCAGCAGCCUCCUCAGCAGCCAGCACAGAUACCUGUGACUUCCCAGCCCAGCCCGAACUUGGCAUCCAGUCCAGAGAAGAUCAUCUUGGGCCAGACAGCUGCUGGAACGGUCAUAAACCAAGAUUCCAUGCAGAUGUUUCUGCAACAGAAGGAUCGGAGCCAGCAGCAGCAGCAAUUUUAUCCGGCAUCCCUGAAAAUGCAGCAGGAGAACAAUCUGAAUCAGUCCACAGUACCACCACACCUUCCAAUGCCUCUGCCCAUCUACAGCAUAGCCACAACAGCUCUCAGCACCACAAGCAGUGUCCCAGCAUCAGUGAUAGUGAGCAGCAGUGCAGGCACCGCUCUGCAACCGCCUGCCAGCCGAGAGCUGACCCAGAAUCAGAAUCUGGCAACGGUGGAGUCCAAAGGACCGAAUCUUAUACCUCAGUUCUCAGCCAGCCAUUCCCAACAGGCACUGGCUUGCCAGUUACCCGCAGGGCAACAGAAGCUCCCUGGAGCCUCCCCGUCCCAUUCGCUACCUCAUCCUCCAAUGGGGGAGAGUCCCCAACUCCAGCCUGCACACCUCUCACAGAUGCAGUCCCCCCACCAGUCCCGUCCUCCAUCACAGCCACAGCCACUUUCCCGACCACCCUCCCGGCCUCACUCCAGGCCUCCCUCCCAGCCACAAACUUUGUCCAGGCCUCCUUCUGAACCCCUCUCCCGGUCCUGCACCCCUCAAACGCAAAUGCAGAACUUGUACGUGAUACAGAAUCAAAUCACAUCAUCCCCCCACGGUCCCACCCAGCACCCCUUACGACCCCCGUCGCAGCCUCAGGUACAGUUCCAGCCACCACAGUCUCAGGCCGAAGGGCAACCUCAGCUGGCAACACCUCCACAUCUGCAGCUACAAGUUCAGCUUGCCACUCAGAUCCAGCCCCAGUCUGAGACCCAGGUGCCGGCACGGCUGCAAUCCCAGAUCCAAGCUCCAACUGAGUCUCAGCAUACUCAUUCCCCACAUUUCCAGUUCCCUUCCCAGGGCCAAAUCAAACCGCCAGUCCCAACCCAGACCCUUCACCUAACACCGGAACAACAGAGGAGUUUUCAGAUGGUCCCAAAUCAAUUCCAGACACUCUCUGCAAUUCCAAAUCCCGCUCCUCAGCAGAAGCAGCUAUUGGACAGGUUCCAGCAGGUGCCCCAGGGGAUUAUCCUGCAAACGAAACACCAGACUUCCACCAGCCAGGUGUCAUCAGCUCUGAGCCACUUCAGCAGCCAGCCUUCAUCUGUCCUGGUUAGCAGCCAAGGACAGCCAGUAGCGGUGACAACAACGCAAGCACCAGUCCACAGCCAUCCAUCUGUCCCCGCUGCAGUCCAGCCUUCUACUGCAGGUAUAGCUGCUCCAGUUCCUGCAGAGAGUAAAACAUUUUCCAGUGGCGCCACAGCUGUUUCUGGGGGGAAAGUGACUACAGUGCCAGGGAAACCAGGAACACCUCUUGCCGUACAGCAGCCAGUUCAGGCCAAGCCUGGAGUGAUUAGCUCCAUCUCCGGCCUGAAUCUUGGAAAAGGCCCCUUGCAGAUCCAGGUAGUUGGGAAAGGAUUAUCACAACUCAUGCCCUCAGUCCCAGUCCCAUCCCAGCAGCAGUACGAUAGUAAGCUUGGAAGUCUGAAAAAAACUCCUACACUACAGCCCAGCAAAGAAGCUUGUUUCUUGGAACAGUUACAUAAACAUCAGGGAGCAGUGUUGCACCCUGACUAUAAAACUUCAUUCCGAUCGUUUGAAGAUGCCUUACAAAGGCUUCUACCCUAUCAUGUCUACCAGGGGAUGCUUCCCUCUACCCACGACUACAGAAAGGUAGAUGAAGAGUUUGAAACAGUGUCCACCCAACUGCUGAAACGCACACAAGCUAUGUUGAACAAAUACCGCCUGCUGCUCUUAGAGGAGUCUCGGAGAGUCAGCCCUUCUGCAGAGAUGGUGAUGAUCGAUCGAAUGUUUAUUCAGGAAGAAAAGACCAUGUUGGCUCUUGAUAAACAGCUAGCAAAGGAGAAACCAGAUGAGUAUGUUUCAUCAUCUUCUCGCUCACAGAGCCUCACUUCCUCUCUGGCUCUAGCCUCUGUAUCCAGCAUCACCCCAGCUUCUGAGAACCUAAAGGUGCCUCCAGUGCAGACAGCCACCCAGAUCCACCCCACCAAAUUGGUUAUCAAGCACAGCGGAGGCUCCCCUUCUGUCACAUGGGCAAAAGCUUCGCCUUCUUUGGAUGGAGAUGAGGAUGCCCUACCCUCUAGGAGCAAGCCCCCAAUCAAAACUUAUGAGGCACGGAGCAGGAUUGGGCUUAAGCUGAAGAUCAAGCAGGAGGCUGGUCUCAGCAAGGUGGUGCACAACACUGCCUUGGACCCAGUUCACCAGCCGCCUCCGGUGUGCACAGUCAUCAAAACAGCUGACCAGCACUCUUCAGCUGCCACCACCGCCACCACCACUGCUGGGCAAAUGAACGGAACUAUUGACCAUGUAACCUCAGCGCCUGUGGAGAAAAAACCCAUUGUGACCUACUGCAGGCUUCCGCUUCGUAAGACUUACAGAGAGAACGUGGAUGCUUUUAUAGCAGAUAAAGCCACUGAUGCCUGUCCGAAGGGAGGCAUCCCAAAGGUCGAUACGAUCCCCAGCACCCUUGUGAUCAAGCAGGAGGACGGCUCCAAAGGCGUGAUCACCUCUCUCAAAACCCAUGAAACCCCAACUGUGGUGGUGGCAGAGAAGAGCAAGCCGGAGGAGAGCUCCAAGCUCCUGUUUUUCAACAGGAGCGAUGCCCGUUCUCUGGUGAUGCAAGACAGCCCUGCCCCUCCGAAGACCGAUGACUCUACCAGUGGCCUUAUGAAGGAACUUGCAGAAGUAGAGGAUGAGUUUUAUCACGGAAUGAUAAAAACGGAGCCCCCUGACCACAGCUCCGGCUCGGAGCUCACCUGGGAGGUUCCCUUGCCUCCAGCCAAGCGCAGGAAGUCGGAGUCCUUUGAUGUGGAUAAUGCCAGCUUCUCCAGCGACAGCCCCCAGGAUGACUCCCUUAAUGAGCACCUACAGAGUGCCAUUGACAGCAUUCUCAACCUGCAGCAACCUCAGACUGGGGGUCAGAACAUCCGGACACCCUCCUCCUCUUACAACUCCUCUUCCUCCCCUUUCUCUUCACCUGUCCAUCGUACAGACACUUACCUUGCCCCUAAUCACAAUGGCGGCCUUGGAGCAAGGACGUUGAACAGAUAA